AUGUUUAUAUCUUUGGAGGGGAGACCUGUUACUGAUGGUUUAGAAGUCAAGGGGAGACCUGUUACUGAUGGUUUAGAAGUCAAGGUUGGGUUCGGUGAGGUAUGGAAAGAGUCACUAACCGAACUGAGCGGUGGACAGAGAUCUUUAGUGGCUCUCUCUCUUAUCUUAUCUCUUCUUCUCUUCAAACCCGCUCCUCUAUACAUUCUGGACGAGGUGGACGCAGCGCUAGACUUGUCCCACACUCAGAACAUCGGACAGAUGUUGAGGGCUCACUUCAAACAUUCUCAAUUCAUCGUGGUCUCCCUCAAAGAUGGCAUGUUCCAGAAUGCUAAUGUUCUCUUCAGGACGAAGUUUGUUGACGGAGUAUCAGCUGUUACACGACACACUCAACAUUCCUCCACAAAACCUGUUCUGUCUGAGAAGGAGAAUAUUCAGCCGCUCGUUAAGAAAAAUAAAAAACAAAAGGUUUAGUUUCCAUGGUGACUGGUGAUGUGAAACUUACUUUUUAAACAGUUGCUAUUCAAGAAGCUUCUUUUAAGUUUAAAUUAAGCAAAUUGUCAAGUUGAGAACUAAGGUGGUGUUACCAUGGUUACGGAUUAUUAAAACUGCGUAUCAAGUUCAGUGCGCGGCUUAAUGACUAUAAGUGUGUACAUGACUAGGGAGCACUGAGUUGCUAACUUUAUCUUGUUUAAUAUUAUUGCACACUUUGCAAAGCAGCAUUACAUUUUAACCUUAUGUAUUGAGUGCUCGUAAUAUAAAGUAAAAGUAAUAUAUACUGGUAUUCAUUAUUUGUUAUAGUUAAUUGUCCUC